AGCUCUGUGUCGGUUGAGCUUGGUUUUGUCGAACGAGACGUCUUGGUACGAGUGGCUGGAAGAUGAAACUGCAUCUUUCUUUGUGACUGCUCGAAAGAAGAAAGCUUCGCUGGAAAUCGGGUUGGUGAUUCUGCAGCGCCAAGGGAUACUUACAAACAUCAUGCUCAAGUUUUGCAUUUUGCUGUUGGCAUCUGUCAGUUGUGUAUCGUCGACUGGCGUCAUUGAUGCCAACACUUAUGUGGACACCAUUUUGAGGGAAAAGAUGCCACUUCUCGUGAGGGGAUCGCCACAGCUUGCGGUCAUCGGAGACUUCAGUUUUAAGGUGUCAAGGGACCGCACCAUCAACCGUGACAUGGAGGUGAACAUGACACGUGGCACGAUCGAUCGCCUCGAUAACGCCCUGCAGCGGCUGAGUGACUGCCAGGCGCCCGAAGAUUAUGAAGGACAGACCAUCAUCUAUUGCUACCUCACCGUGCAGGGACUCAACGUAACCUUCACUGCGUUGGUGAAAGACGACCCCCUGGUCGCUGCUUGGACGAUCGCUUGGGUGAAUGUAGCUGUUAGAAACACCACGGCUCACUUUGAAGCCAGUGCUCCUCCCGGUGGGGACGGGACUCUCCGCACCUUCCUCAUCCAUGACAUCCGUCUCGACGUGACUUACGACAGCAACCUGAGCCUUAACGUGCACCGCAGCUGGAAGUUCAAGGAAGAGAUAAAUGACAGGGUCAAGAAGGAGCUAAUGGACAUAUUUCAGUACGAUUACAAAGACCUGCUGAGCCGUGCUGUAGAGUCAGUGCCGUUUCCCAGGCCCUAACCUGACUUUGAGCGCGAUGAGCCAGACUGUUACAGCGACAGAAGCGGUCGGCCUUGAAUGAGUCGUGCGACGAAGCGUACAGUCCCGCGGUCCCUCGUAAUUAAUCAUGCUGUUUGGGUCAAUUAUGCGAAUUCUGGGGCUGUUUCUUUUUCACUUUCGAGGACUCUUGUGCUGCCUCCUUUACUAUACUGAUUAGAGUUUUCUCAUGAAAGUCAAGCCUCAUUCAUUGCUUGCGCGAUAAAGCUACAUGUAGCGUUAAAAUUACAUGCCCAUUCCUGUGUAUGUGCUAGAAUAACAAAAGUGACGCUGUGUUUGUAUGUUCCCAAAAUAAUAAAAACUUUUCUCUAAAUUUUUUUAACGUA